AUGGCCGCACAAAAGGAAGACAAGUGGACGACGGAGGCGUACCAACACUCUGCCUCGUUCGUCCCAAAGCUCGCGACCAAGGUCGUCGGAUGGCUCGACGUCCAGAAGGACGAUGUAAUCCUCGACAUUGGCUGCGGUGACGGCAUCCUCGACGUCGAGUUCGGCAAGAUCCUGUCUCAAGGCAGCGGCUCGCUUCACGGAAUCGACGCCUCGCCCUCCAUGAUCACCGCCGCCAAGAAACUCGUCGCGGACGCCGGCCUGUCCAACUGCAAGUUCGAAGUCCUCGACGCGACCAAGAUCGCAACCUCAUCCACCCCCGCCCUCCAAACCCCAACCUUCACAAAAGCCUUCUCCAACGCCGCGCUGCACUGGAUCCUCCGCCCGCCCGGCGCCCAGAUCCCCGUCUUCACCGCCGUCCGCGACGCCCUCCUCCCCGGCGCGCCGCUCGUCCUCGAGAUGGGCGGCCUCGGCUGCGUCUGCGAGAUGCGCACCGCGCUGCUGAUGGCCGUCUCGCGGCGCGUGGGCAUCGACAAGGCGAAGGAGGUCGAUCCCUGGUUCUUCCCCGACGAGGCGUGGCUGACGAAUGCCCUUGAGAACGAGGUGGGCGGGUGGAAGGUGGAGAAGAUCGAGCGCGAGUGGCGGCCGACGAUCGCGGACAGGGGCGGCGUGGAGGGGUGGUGCCGGCUGAUGGGCAAGGAGCUGCUGGACGCGGUGGAGGAUGGGGAGGAGAGGGAGAAGUGCGUGAGGGAGGUGGCGGAUGUUUUGGAGCAUAUUUAG